GACCACGGGUGCCGUACGCUUAUACGUUGUCGAAAAACAAGAGCAACUCAGACUUGCCAAGAAGUAGCCUCUUGCCGCGGCUCUCGAAUCGGAUGUUUCAGUUCUUCAAAAUGCGACUGGUCAUUUUUGCCGCCAUUCUAGCUGGAACUUACGGUAAGCCGAUUUGGUAUUUCUGCUUUAGGAAACUACAAUGAUUGUAACAAAAACCAAAAACUUUCCAAAGAUUUUCAACGAUCUAAGCGUGUUACAAAACAGUCUCUUGCCCGGAAUUUUCGCUUCUUCAAAUGCGACUGGACAUUUUUUUACCGCCAUUCUCACUGAAACUGUAUGCAACUUGCGGUAAACCGAUUUGGUGUUUCUGCUUUAAGGAAACUUCAACUGUAAAAAAAACCCGACAAUUUCCAAAAUAUUUUAAACGAUCUAAGCGUGUUACUAUAGUAUACUGGUUCAUUUUUGACAGCAUCUCGCCGAGGCAUUACUUGCUGUCGUUACUCAGCUAAUCUGGCUAAUCUGAGCUGAAGAUUCCGUGAUAGAAUGGGAAGGUUGUGUAUGCUAAUACCAUUUCUAAAUCUCGUUUAAUUUAAAUAACCUUUAUGCUAUUUUCUUAUUAAUCUCUGCCCUUUAAUCAGGCGUUAAGUCUUACCGAAUUAUAGAAAGGAAACGAAACCGAGACAGAAAAAGACUGCUUUCAAAACGGCACGAGGACACCAUGCUUUCACGAAAAUGAAUAGUGAUAUCCGGUAUAUGGGUUCGAAGAGUGUGUUUUGCCUACAUUUUACCGGUUUCAAGGGAGUGCGGUCCCUUAAGAUUCAUGCAUCCAAAUUGGCGUGAUAGAUCAAGUCGACAAACAAGCCAGAACUUAGAAUCAAAGUCAGCUAUAAACGUUCUUUUUUGAAAGUAAAUAAAUAAGUAAUUCGAAGGCGUAAAAACCAAUAAAGUGCAAUAUUGAAGAGUUGUGAAACUAGCAAUAUAUAUUUUCUUUAAAACACCAAGAGACGUCUUCGUCUUUCUAGCUGUAUUUUCUGAAAAUAAAAGUCUGUCCACCUCUGUUUUCCUUGACUUUCAACUGAGGAGUGUUCUCAGUGAUUUUCAGAAGCAACAGAUCAAACGUCCAAUUUCAAAACGCGGAGUAUAUCGAGCAGAGCAGAUAAAUGCAUGCAAAAUAUAUUGUUCCGAAUGAACUAAAGUUGUGUAAUCGCAGCUGAGCAUUUAACUUUUACAUUAAGAGCAUUUACUUUCCACCGCAAAAGCGAAAUAUUGCCAGAUGAAUUAUAAGAUGUGGGCUAAAAUUAUCUUUUAUUAUGAAAGGAAUUUGAAUCCCUUUUAAUGGAUAUUUGACUGGCAAUAUACCAAAAGCAAAGAUAUAAACUAAAAAUUCCAAGUAGUAUUGGCUUGUUGGGUUUCUUGAGCAAAAUAUAGCUCUCCACUCGAUAUUGAAGAAGAUUUUAAACGAAUUGAAACCUAGUUAAUUGAUAAGAAUAACUUACAAACUUUUUGUAACAGUUUUGGAAUGCUAUAAUUGUAAGAGAACUACAGAGAAGAUAGACUGUUUAGAAACAGAGCCUUGUCGACAUCAAAAAUGAAAACUCGCAAAACUUGAAGUACAAAGUUUGACUUGUCACAUAUAAUGUGAAAUGAUUGAUCGGUGAUUUCUAACUUCGGGAAAGAAAGUCAAGAGAGUGAUCUUCAUGAAAACUUCUUUUCUUGUCCCCUUUAGGGCAAAUUCCUGAUAAUGGCGGCUUGGGACGAUCUCUUUAAAGGGGUUCUGAACAUUUCAGUCCGGUUUCUGGCUAGUUAUGCCGGUUUGUUUAACCACAAAACUAUACGACAUUUCCGAGGCCUGGUGUUCAGUGUGUAGUGUUAUACUCAUCUGUUAUGAACUUCGCGAAAAGGAAACAAAAUUACCGGUUAACAGUUUUAAAGUUAUAUGUAAAAAGUACUGAUUACUCGAAAUAUCGCUUAUUUAAAGUGCACUAAGUAAUCGCUUAAGUUAAUUUUACUUUCGCGUUUUGGUCUCCAGUCCCACCCUUACAAAUAUUUGCUCUCUUUCGCUAAUUACAUAUAAAGCUGGAAAAUUUGUUUUGUUAAUUCAUACUCGAGAAACGGAGAACAUUUCGUUGUUUAGCCACUGUUCAUUUGUUUUAAACUGAUACUACUUAUUUCACACAGCCUACUACAAAACCAAGACAAAACUGAAUAGGUUUGACAGUCUCUCAAACCUUUCAGACACGCUUUUGAAUGGACAGGUCAUUUCAGUCCAAACGAGGCCACUCAAAAACUCAAUGUUUGCAAACAAAAAAGCCAUUACACCCUCUUCAGUUCUUAGUUUUCAAAAGUAUUUUUCUCUAAGUAAAGUUUAAGUGAAGGGACGUGAAGCAUAGACGAAAACAAAUCAAAUCUUUUAGCCUUUGAUAUUUUUAAGCUCUUAGUUACUCCCGAUGAUAGUCCGCUCAGUUGUGUACUGUACACAAAAAAUAGGUUUAACUUUUGAUUCUGUGCGAACUGAAUACGAACUGAACGAGAACUAUACCGUUUAAUACAACAGUUGAAUUCCUUGCUGGAGAACCUUUGGUUUCCAUUCAGUACAAAAAAAACCAAAUCUGUUAUUUUUUGCCCUUUCAUUUUGACUUAGAGCGCCUUUGCGAAGUUGCAAACGUAAAAUAUCUGCUCUUCUAAUGAGAGUUUUCCAAGUAGAAGUAGAGACACAUUGUCUGCUAAUCUUGAUAGACAUAUCUUACGCCUUAAGAAACUAAAACAAUGGUUCUGUAAAAGGGGAAGUACUUAUAUUAUAAUUCAAUUAUCACUUUUCUUCGCGCUGCCGAACUUUCGAUUGAAAACGUUAUAUUACUUUGAAUUUCGUCUGAGUGAAGUAUACUUUUAAUACAAAACAUAAAGGAAAUUGAAGAUCAUCGCAAUAUAGGGAGGAUGUCAUAAUUAGCCUAAGAAAUAUGAAAUAUUACUCAACGGUGCUGAUAUGAGUUAGCAAAAAUAAUAUCCCUCACCGCAAAAUACGUAACAAAUCUUUAGCCUCUGAUAGCGGAUUACACAACAAUACUCUAAAGUGGUACAUUGUCCAAAAAUCGCCCGCACUGAAACUGUUUUGAGCAUUUCCUUGAGAACCAGAAUGGAUGAUAAUCAACAACUUUUUAUUCGUUCAAAAACACCCAAGACCAUACAUGAGCGAUUUAUCUGUUCUGGUGGUAUGGCGACUAAAAUAAGGUCUGUUAUUGUGGCUGAGCCUAAUUUGAGCAAGCUAGGAAGUUUAAUAACAGUAUCGGGCCUAAAAUUUGCGACUACGAUGACAAAACACAGAGUGUUCUUUGUUUUUUCAACACAACUGACAACCUGAAUGUGAAUAAGCACAAUUCCAAAGGACCUUUUACUAAAGGAAGGCUAAAACAAAUUGAUCGACAUUUUUAUCCCUUUAUCUGAAAAUUUUGGAGCAUUCCCGAAUUUGUAAAUUUCUUUUGACGUUUUGAGAUUCCUUGCAUGCUGACAAGAAUUUUUGAGGAAAACUCUACAUUCUCAAUGCAUGUUGUCAACAGAAAAGCUUAAGAGGCCAAAAACUGACAAAGUUGUGAGCGACGUAUGUCUCUAUCAACUGUCGGCUCUGAUUCAGUGAAGUUUUAAUUAAAAAAUAUGACAUGCAAUUUAUUGACAAUGGCAGGUUAAGUGGUUGACCAUUUGUGGAAGUCGGGAAGCAGAGGUUUAGUCCGCGGAAAAAGGUUGUAGUAGCUAAGACGUGGCUUGGUUUGUAAACAGGAAACGGGCGUAUAAUUGUAACCAAAACAGUUGCAGUUUAUGUCUUAAUAUGGUAAGGUCUGAACUCAACUUGCCGUAUUGAGAUAUAAAAGAUUGAAUUGAAACAAGCAAAAGUUGUGUACCGUAUAUUAUGUUUGUAUUUUUUUACGCUCAAUCUACAAAAAAUUACGUCGAAAGUCCAUAUUGGUUUCAUCACGGCAGUGGCAAACACUAGCUUGAAAAAGUUAAAAAAUCAGUGAGAGCAAAAUAGCCGGCAACUUGUUGCUACGUCACUGUGUGAAAAUCAAAUGAGUAGUCUAAAUUUAAAAUAGGGAACAUUUAUGUCAAAGUUUUUCCCUUUUGCAAAAUUGUCUGAAGACACAACAUCGUCGGGGAGAUAAAAAUAUUUCGUCAAAAUAUAACUCAAAAGUUAAAACACUUUACCGUAAAAGAAUUAGGAAAACAACAACUCUGCAUUUUGGUACUACAACGUGAAAUUUGCGGAUUUAGGUUUCUGGGAAACUGCCCACCUACCCCUCCCCUAAGCCAUCAUUUUGCCCUAAGUGAGAAAUAAUUGUUAAUGUUAGCAGAGGGGAGGGGUAGGUGGGUAGUUUCCUAGAAACCUAAAUUGAUCAAAAUUUGCUACGGUCACGUUUAGAGGACGACAAAUAUUUUUAGAAUUCAGCCCUUCAUAAUUCAACACCAAGAAAUUUCGGCUACAUACGACGAAAUGAGCGCGAAUUUGGAAUAAGAGCGUUUAAAAGACCGGGAACGCCGUCGUCGUCCAUGUUUAUAGGCCGGACCUCACGAAAGGAGGACGGCGACAGCGACGACAACGAGAACGGGAACGGCAACAGCACGCGCAGAACGCGCGGCACGCUUUUUUGUAAAUUUCUUUGCUGUCCUUGCACAACUACGACGUAAAAUGACUAAAUUCGAGGUUGACUUGAGAGCGGGAAUGGCAAGGCGAUAAAUUUUACUAUAUUUGUCUGAGCUUAGACGCGGUCACCUCUCUUCAGCUAGCUCCAACCUAAAUUUCCUUCUUUUAAAUGACAAAAUUCUAGGUUGACUUGAGAACGGGAAUGGCAAGGCGAUAAAUUUUACUAUAUUUUUCUGAGCUCAUACGCGGUAACCUCUUUUCAGCUCCAACCAACAUUUCCUUCUUUUAAGUGGGACGUGCAGCAAGGAGCCGAAAAGUGUGACCUCCUUUAAUUAAAUGACAUUCUUUCAAGCAGACAUUAACCAAUCAGAAGUCGAGGACAGUUUCCAGCUGACUUCUGAUUCGAUUAAAUCUGUAGGAAAGAAUGUGUAUAAAUCAAAAGCGGUCACACUUGGGUUCCUUGCUAUAAGACUUGAAAUAAAGUUGCGAAAGAUCUGAAAUUACGCGAACUCUAUUUUCAGCUACGAUUUCAUUGGCGUCGCCCUUGUCAGACCGUAAGUUCCCUAAUCUACCAAUGUACAAGGUCCGAAGACUCAAUACUAAGGGGUAUAACUGACUGACAUGCAUAUUUAGGAAAAAACACAAGAUAAUUACGAACAAACAGCACCAUGUGAAAGUACUGUUAAUAAAGUUAUAUUCAACAUGAGGUAUUCGUCCAUAGAUUGAAAAGUUAUAUCUGUAUUGUGUGUCUCUAUAAUUGACUUUGGAAAAAAAAAUAAACAGACAUGAACACGCCGGUACGUCACUUCAGUUUUAGAGCGGAUAUCUUAAAUACCAGUCGCCUAAACGAUCUUUGCUCUGAAAUUUUUUACCUAGAUAAUGCACCCCUAAUAAAUUAGGAAUUUAUCAACAGCUUGUCAGCACCACUAAGUAUUUCGAGUUAUCUUUUGAUCGAAAAAGUUGAACAGUAUCUGAAGAAUUAACGCAGUUGGCCAAUAUUUCAUCCAUACUAAGGCUUUUAUCCAUUAAGGAUAGGCAGACUUACAUAUUAAGAACAGGAAAAAAGAUUUCGCUUCCAAACUAUUAAUAGCAUCUUAUAUAGUCUUGUCGCUUUUCUCGCUGAACUUCCUUUUUUAUGUCUUCUCACCCAACGAGAUCACUUGUUACAGUUAUAUUCUCAAGCUGUGAGGUUUCUAAUGAGCGGGAAACUUAUUGUUGUUAAUUUCCGUUCUUGAGAGAUCUUGAAAUUAUUGUUAUAAUUAAUGAUUAUAAUUUCCGCUCUGAAAGUGCAGUCCGCCACCAACUGGGAAAGAGCCAAGAAUAGUGAAAGAGCGCACUUGUACAGCUCGCGCGUCUUCUAACCAAUCAGAAAGCAGAUGACUCGUUUCAUCUAAUCAUGUACCGAUAUUUUGCGAUCUCUUCCGGAGCCUUAUUGAAGCUCGUUUGGUGAUUUGGUUUAGAUUGUACUAUAGAAAAGAGCUCUAUUAAAAUUUCACUUAGUUUUUCUGAGAAAUAUUAAGACUUCAAAAGUUCGUUGAAGUUUAAACUGGUAGAAAUUUCCUUCGCAAACGUAGGCAAUAAGAGAUUAUUACUUAAUAUGCUGUAUAAGGUGGUUUUAACUAUCUAUUUUAUAGAUGAAAUCAUACAGUGUGACCAUUCAAAUGAAAGCUACUGAGCAGUACUUUUCCGUGGUGCUGUUUAUUAUGCUCUACAAGGUGGUUCUAACUUUUGAGUCUGUGGAUGAAAUCCUGUAGUGUGACCAUUCAAAUAAAAGCUGCUGAACAGUACGUUCCUGUAGUGCUGUUUAUUACGCUGCACAAGCUGGUUCUUGCGUUAGAGUCUAAGGAUGAAAUCCCCACGCGGUGACUUUUCAUAUGAAAACGAUUUAACCAUACAUUUUAGGCUCCCGCGGAUAAUUCUCAUGUGCAAAGCAGUUAGCUGUUUCUCAGCCAGUGGCCAAUACCCUCUGGAUUUUACACAAUAAUUUGUCUGUUCCAUAUUGACCUUCGUCCUUAUCACACAUUUGCAGACAAAAGUAAAUCUCAGCAUCUUUCUCCAAUCAGUGAUACAUCGCCCAAUACGAUUACGCUUUUUUUAACCAUUGAACUUAAAAGUGAUGUCCCCUAUUGGCCGCGGAUAAUUUUGUGAUGUUGGCUUCCGAAAGCAAAAGAGGCAAACGCAUGCAUAUUGUAAUUUGUUUAUCUUUAGUAAAAAACUGAAGAAGGUUUCAAAGAAUUACAAUAGCGAAAAGUAGUUACUUUAACUGUCUGCGCUGCAAAUGGCAUGGCCUUCUCUGCAGGUGGCUCACGCUCGGUAUUAGAGCGCCGAGAACCACAAUACCGCAUGCUCGGGUAACGUUGCAUAAAGUGCGGAUUAUUGGAUUUGUGUGGGAAAAUUUACUGUAUGGUUCUCAAAACCUCUUUGGUUCAUUGCUGUUUUCCCAAACAGCGAGCGACAAAACGUGUAGAAUAGCCAAAGAAAACCCGCGCUAAAGUAAGUUAAGCUUAUGCAAGUUCCAUAUCGAUGCCCCUAGCCUUUUUGAGAACAAUAGUGAACUUUCAUACAAUCUUAUAAAUUGUACGUACGCUACUUACCGUUGUGAAAGCAUACAAUAAAGCAUACAGUAUUAUUUACAAUUGUCUACAACUCGACCUUUUGAGCGACUAGCCUAUGAACGUGCUCCGGUAGGAAUGUGGUGUGACUGUCAUUUAUUCCUUUCCUCCUUCGUCCGUGUAUUUUGCUCUUUCGACUUCGCUUCACCCUAUCCCUCACUAGAGAGCCUUUUCAAAGAUUAGUCAGCAACCAACUCAUCGAUGACCCAACCACAACAGACUUAAAAAAAGACUAAGUACUGUUUUACUGAGAGCUCAAAUCGCGAGGUUGGGGUGCCUGUGACUUCUCCAUUCGUUUGUUAGUGCGCGCAAAGAAUUUCCUGUCAUAUUGAGCCGAUGAGCUGACGAAAGCGAUAAGAAAUCGUCCCUGCAAUGCCUGCAUAAAGCUUCCAAGGUUAUCAAAUAUUAAUAUUGAUAGAAUUCAUUUCUAGAGUUUAUCUUCAACUUGCCGGGUGUUGGUAAUACAAAUUGUAUAAUUUUAACGUUGUUUCACCUUGAGAAGCUGCCAAGUCAGUAACAAUUCAAGAUGAGGGGGAAAUGUCUAUAAAAACCAACAAGACCACUGCUAAAGGAGUUUUUUCCAUCAGUCUCACGCUAAAAACUAAAUAGUUGCCUUUCCUGCGUUGUACAAGGUAGUUCAAAAACUGUUCAAAGUUAAGAGUAUGUCGAUGAAAUCCUAUAGUUCGACCAUUCAAAUGGGGGUUAUAUAGUAAGAAGUAUUUUCCUUUUGUACUGUUUCUUAGGCUGUUUAAAGUGAGGUGGUUCUACUUUAUUACUUUUUGGAUGAAAUCCUAAAUUGUGACCAUUCAAAUGAAAGCUACUGAGUAGUACUUUCCUGUUUAUUAUGCUGUACAAGGUGGUUCUAACUUUUGAGUCUGUGGAUGAAAUCCUAAAGUGCGACCAUUCAAAUGAAAGCUAUUGAGCAGUACGUUUCUGCGGUACUGUUUAUUAUGCUGUACAAGGUGGUUCUAACUUUUGAGUCUGUGGACGAAAUCCUAAAGUGUGACCAUUCAAAUGAAAGCUAUUGAGCAGUACGUUUCUGCGGUACUGUUUAUUAUGCUGUACAAGGUGGUUCUAUCUCUUGAGCCUGUGGAUAAAAUCCUAAAGUGUGACCAUUCAAAUGAAAGCUACUGAGCAGCACUUUCCUGUGGUACUGUUUAUUAUGCUGUACAAGGUGGUUCUAACUUAUGAGUCUUUGGAUGAAAUCGUAAAGCUACUAAGCAGUACUUUCCUGUGGUACUGUUUAUUAUGCUGUACAAGGUGGUUCUAACUUUUGAGUCUGUGGACGAAAUACUAAAGUGUGACCAUUUAAAUGAAAGCUACUGAGCAGUACUUUCCUGUAGUACCACACAUUAACAUGAUUAACUAUGUUUAACAAGAUGGUUUUAAAUGUGAGUUUGAGAUUGAAAGUACGGGAAUUCAAUCAUGGAGGCAUGGCUGGUAAACCUUUAUUCAGUAUGGUGUUGUAUUGCAAUUUAUCUGUGGUGAUAAAUUAGGUUUGGGGCACCGCUGUUUUUGUUAAAAGUUAAAACAAUUUAAUCACUAUUUUUCUAGGUUUGGACGACUCUUUUACCAUCACCACCGAUGAGGACGAGCCUGUCACGUUCGACUUUUUAAAAUACUACAAAGCUUCAGACAAGCUCGCUCAUAAAGUUAUAAUUGAUGAACAACCUAAACAUGGAGCAUUUGCCUGUGCGCCAGAUGGGAACCUUAACAUUCAAAACGAAAUGUGUGAUGCGCAAGCGACGUACGUACCAAAUCAGGAUUUCUCGGGUGAGGACGUUUUCAUGUAUUCGUACCUCUACGAAAACCUUACGACAACAACCGAUGGUAAGCUCCAAGGUCGGAUCGUGGUCCGACCGAAGCCUGAUGUCAUUAUGGCGCAAUCCGAUGAGAUCACCAUGUCAGCUGAUGAUGGUCACGUGCAUAUCCCAGUGUUGAAGAAUGAUUACAGUAAAGAUAGGUCAGCGGUUUGUAUAGACACAGAAGAGAAGCCCUUCUCUCAGGGAAAUCAGGUAAUUAUUGAUUUUUAUUGAUUUUGUUGGACAUAGUGGUGCCAUUUUUUAUUUGUAGUAUAUGCAGCACAGCUUAGGUCCAAAAACAUUUUUAAUGAUAUAACUGCUUUCAUAUAAUCCCUGUGUUGUUGUCGGCAGAAUUGGGGGUAAACUUCAGAAUAACUCCGGUCUACAGGGGAUAUUUGGGGGAUUCUUCAGCUUAACUUAAAGUCUUUGAAAUACUCUCUGUCAGCAUCUGGGAAGACACUUAAUGACUGGUCCCAAGGGAAACAGUUAAUUUUGUUUAACGAGAAUCUCAAUGUUUCCCGAGGCGGAGCCGAGGGAAACAAAAUUAACUUUUCCCGAGGGACCAGUGAUUUGUUUCAUUAAACCUCGCUGUAACUGCGGUCGUCGGUCAACAUUCACGGGUUCCAGUGCACUGUUACCCUCUGACGUCAUAGAUUUUGCAAUGUUGCCCGCUCAGAGAUUUUGGUGGGAAACAGUUUCAUUGUUAGAUAUCAUGUGACCUGGAAUUAACCAAUGAGAGCGAGCGCUGUUGGGAAAAAAAUUCCAGCUAUAUAACAAAAGCAUAUAUUGAGUGUCAAACACGUCCAAAGUAAUGGGGACCCCUACUAGUGUUCUCUCUGUAGUAAUAGAGACCUUUAGAUUCUAAGACAAGGAAAACUACGAGAACGAGAUAUUCUCAAUACUAAGUGGUGUACACGGGUGAACCAGCGUCAUUUUGGCGGGAAAACGUGAUAGCCGUGGUCACUCUACAAUGGGUUUUAGCGAGAAUGUGGUAGUGGUGGGAACAAGGUAUUAAAUGUUAGAGGUUUUAUCAUUUUGUGCUCGAGAGAGGGCUUAACCUCCUUCAUGACAAAUAACCUUGCUAACUUUUCUAGUGAAAAAACGUACUAGGAAGCUUUCUGAGAUGACAAUUCCUUGAGAAUACGCAAAAAAAUAUAUAAAUAAACAAAUAAAGUGAAAUCUCGUUCUCGAAUCGCUAAAGGUCUUGGAUGAGCCAAAAAGGGGCCUAUUCAUGUCCAACCUUUUUUCUCCCGACCUCAUGUAUUUUAAGCAGGGCAUUUACAUAAGCCACUGUUUUCUUUUACCAUAUUACAGGUGAGGUUUGAAGACGUAGCUGAGAAGCUUGGCAUGACAGCGAUCCAACAGAAACCGCCUAAAGCUCCAGAAUGCCUGUUUGACCAGUAUGAUCCAAACCUGAAAAUCUGGAUUCCGGGAUCAUUCUGUAUUGUGGAACUCAGCUCGGGAGCGGCAGCAACCGCUGACUACGACGGUGACAGGCUCACAGAUAUUUACUACGCACGUGCAGAUGGCCCUGAUCAGCUAUGGCGUAACCUUGGUAACGGGACUUUCAAAGACUUCACCGCCGAAGCAAAUUUGAGCUCUACCGCUUUUCACCGCUCAUCAGCAGUUGCGUGGGUAGACAUCGACAACGACGGGGAUUUGGACCUGUAUAUAGGCACUAUGGCCGAGAGCAGAUUUUAUCUGUACGUAAACGAUGGCAUGGGCCAUUAUACAGAGGAAGCCGAAGAGAGGGGCCUUGCACUGUAUCCUACGAUACCACCCUACAAAACAAGUACCAUGACCAUUGCCGUUGGGGACUAUGACAAAGACGGAUGGCUGGAUCUUUACACCACCGAAUGGUUACCUCAUCUUGAUCUCAGCUUCGACUACAACAACGCCUCGCACUCACUUUCUCGCCUUCUUAGAAACCUGGGCGCGCAAGGAAAGCCGGGACACUUCGAAGAUGUAACUGCACGCGCUGGACUGGGGAAGACCAAGGAACCAACCGUGGCGGCGGACAAGUUUGGUGGAGUUGAUGUGAGGUAUUAUGGUGUAAUGAACACAGGCUUGCUCAGGGAUAUCCUUCCAGGACCCUUUAAAUUGGCUGCCAUGUUCACUGAUUUGGACAACGAUGGUCUUUAACUUUUUUAGAGUCGAUUCACAGAUAUAUAAAAGAAACCAUCAUUUAACGGUUUUAACGGAGUUCUUCAAUUGUACAGAUAAAAAAAAUGGAACCAUCAUUUAACGAAAUUCUUCCGGGGUAGACCCAUAUUCUCCAGGUGGUAGACCUAUAUUCUUCUGGGGUAGACGCAUAUUUGAUGGCCCCUCGGCAAUUUGAGGAGUCCUCAAGUGGAGGAACGGAGCCCUUUCUUCUGAAGGCUUAUUUGUUUUCACUAAAUGAUAGAAAAUUUAGUCACCGUAAAAUAUUUUCUUUACGCAAUUGGGAACGUCCUAACCUCAUUGAAAAAUGUCGAAAUCGUUUUCAUUCCUUUCGACUUCGGUUUAUUAAAUUGAUUUCAAGAGCCAAUUUAUGGAUUCUCACGACAGGGGAAAACAAUUACGCAAAAGUGACGUUGGUGAUCCAUGUAAAGGGUUUCCAUUUCAACCCUCCUGAGUGCUGAACAGUUUAACUGGAUGGGUGGGUGGGGGGGUUGUUAGGGCGGUGCGCGAGAAACUUCCAUGUGAAAGAGCAGAGGAUACUAGUGGCCAAAUUGAAGUUAAACACCACUGCCAGAGAACAAUCAGUACUCAGCUCAAGCGUUUUUAUGACCCCUAAAAGAUAUUAUUUAUUGUCUCAACAGGUUACCAAGACAUAAUAGUUGCAGGAGACUUCAGAACAAGCGCUAUUUACUGGAACAAUGGAGAUGGCACCUUUACAGAAGGGACUGAGGAAAGCGGCGUGGGAACGGACGAAAAUGGUAUGGGUUCGACUGUGGGUGAUUAUGACCUGGACGGUCGGUUGGACUGGUUUGUGGGCAGCAUUUAUAUGUCACCGGAACAGAUGGAGCCAUUCAGGGAAGUGUACCUCGGCGGGGGAUUCAUAUUUGGAAAUACUGGAAACAGGCUUUACAGGUUUGUAGUUGCGCCGACAAUCCAACGAACCAAUCACAACACAAGGCAAACAUAGGAAGGGACGUCAAGUGCGAGUAAAGGCGUGUGAAUGCGUGAACUGUGAUUGGUUAAUAAAAUGGGGCGAAAACAGUUCAGUCAAUCCUUUCACAGAAUAACAGUCAAUUAAAAACGCUCUUAGAUCAACAAACCACGACCUUCUAAACUAAACAGUUACGCCAAUGAACAGAGAUACGAAAACCAUAUUGAAGCUGACGUCAAGGGUUUUUACCGGUGAUCAACUUAUUACACUACCAAAACUAUGUUUGUAAACAGUGUGUUCUUCUAUAUCAUGGAACGACGAAAGAAAACUUACCGUAUCAAAGAAAGAAUCGGUCAAUUUUGUAAAACCAGCGUCAUAUCUGUUUAUCAGGCAAAAUUCUAACAAAAAAUUCCAAUCAACUGUGUUUAGAAGAGAUAGUCGGUCAUUUAAAAGAGAGAAAAUAACACCUAGCAUUUCUGAAGAGUCAUUAAGUUGUGUACAUUAGUUAUCAGUUGUACCCUAUCAAAAGCGAUGAAUUCCACUGAAACCAGGUUAUUGCUUUCACAGGAAUGAAGGUGGUCGUAAAUUUUCAGAUCAGACCGACCCGGCAGGAGUAAGGUUCGGUAAUUGGGCCUGGGGAGCAGCGUUAUUCGACUACGACAACGAUGGAGACCUGGAUCUAGUUCACACCAACGGUUUUGAUGACCCGGAUGUUACUGACACUGAUUUCCUGCACCACACUCCCACGCGUCUCUAUGACAACAUGUUUUUCGAGGACGAUAACGGUACAGCUCGAUUUGAGGAAACAGGGUUUAACAAAGGCAUCACCGACGUGUUUGACGGUCGCGGCGUUAUCAUCUUCGACUAUGAGGAAGAUGGCGACUUGGAUGUUUUCAUCGCCAAUAAUGCUAACCGUCCUGUGUUGUAUCGCAACAUCGGCAACAACAAAAACGACUACAUUCGAGUCAAAGUUCUUGAAGCCAACUGCGACAGAGAAAGCGUUGGAGCUCUUGUCUUUCUGUAUUCGCCGCGCCUGGAGAAAGAAAUCAUACGGGAAGUUGGAAGCGCAACCGGGUUCUCGGCACAGGGUGAGUACGUGGCACACUUCGGGUUGGGUUCGGAAACCGAAGAUACUUUCCGAGUCCGUGUCUACUGGCCAGUAACCAACAACACUCGAAUCAUUUACAAUGUACCUCGGCGGUCAUCAAUAACAGUUCGGGACAUCUGGGGACAUCGGAGUGCUGUUGAAGAGACCAAGUCUCCAAGCGAGUCAGUUCCAAGCUGCUCCCGGUUGAUAGUGAAGGAGGUGACCAGGGCUCCAGCGCAUGGUCACGUGGUGGUAGGACCCAAGCACGUGAGUUAUUAUCCUGACGCAGAUUUUCACGGUGAAGACAGCUUCAAUUAUGCUGUGGGCGACGGAGUGAGCUCAGCUAUUGCUACUGUCAACAUUAAGGUAUGAAAAAUUAGAUACGCAUUGCUUGCGGAUGAAAGUUGUCUUCUCCAAUUCCAGUUCAUUUAAUGAUUCAUAAAGGGAGAACAAAGAAGGUUUAAUUAUUUAAACUCUCCAUCCAAUAUCCUUUCCCUGUAUAAAGAGGAGGAAAGGGCCAUUGACGGCGUGAAUGAAAAAUUGACGUUAGGUAGAUAGGUAAGCAAUAAUCAAUAUAUUUAAAAUUUUCAGGUCAAAGGAGCAACAAGCUAGCCUCAACAACACUCGGCUGGUUUCCAUGGUGGGCGUGUCUACACAUAAAAGCCAUAUAUAUAUUUUCUAAGGGGAUGGGUUAGAGAGGGGUUGCACAUAUCCUUGGCUGCCUAUUCGCAAUAAAAGCACAUUGCAUAAAGUACAUUCAAUGAAUUAAAUGUAUUUCAAAUAUGCAUUUCAGGUCCACAAAGUCGACAGACCCCUGCCUUCCCCAGCACAGUUAUCAGAGAAGUUUGCGCGCUUGGAUGCCGUUAACAAUAACCCCCUUCACCCUGAGUGGGGCAAACCACUUAUGCCUCUACUGCGCCUGCUCCCUCCAGCAUACGAUGAUGGCUUUGACGCGCCCGCAGGAUCCAACAGAUCAAGUCCGCGGCUUAUUUCCAAUGUUGUUUGUGAUCAGCGAAUGGAUGUCUUCAGCAAAGCCGGCUUGAACGACUUCCACAUGCACUUCGGCCAAAUGUUGGCCCAUGAUACCGACUUUGCAACACCGUACGCAAAUUUCCUUACGACUGAUAACCUAGGUAUCCCUAUUCCCGAGGGAGACCCGUGGUUUGACCCGCACGGCUCGGGUAAAGAAAUCAUGCGAUUCAGACGAUCUGGAAUCAUUCAGACCAGCGGAAAACUCCACGGAAGACCACGCGAACAGGUAAUCCUUACUACAAAAUGACUUUUUUUGUCAAAUGAUAUACAGGGUCGCGUUAUUUUCUCUGAGGACUUGUGUGACUCUUUUUAGGUCUAGCAACACGUAGAAAGGGUAAGAAACCACGUAACUGGUUAAAUAAAACACUUUAGUUAAGCAGAAGAACACAAUUAAAGCAAAGUGAGGAGUUCAACUUGAGUCCGCUUAAACGAAUACCAGCCACAGCUCUGGACAAUCACAAAGCAAAAAAAAUGAUAACCAGUGUACCAAUCACAUUACGGAGCAAGUCCACGUAGCGGAGCUUAAAGCCACAAGAACGGGGUAAAUGGGCAAGUCAUUAUUGGUUAAGUGUUUUGCUCUUAGUUCUGAUUGGCUGAAAAAAACGCGGGAUUUUUCAUGGAAUCACAAGGUAAACUAAAGCACCAAUAGAAGUAAACGGACGUAAGAUCACAGCUAGCAUGGAUUUACAGUGAAUGGUAAACUACCCUAACUACAAACGGGUUUGACCGUUAGGAGGUCCAACGUCUAUGCCACCCUGAUGAGCCCCAAUAAAGGCGAAAAGAGCUGUUCAUGGCUGCCGCUGCCCGGGCGAUAUGGCUAUGCGAAUGCGUGACGUAAUUGCUCUUAAGUUUCUUACGCUAACUAGAAGGUUUUUUGUUUCUUAGGUGAACAAGGUGACAGCCUUUAUUGAUUUGUCAUUGGUAUACGGUUGUGAUGAAUGCCGAGCCUUGGCUUUACGAACCAUGGAAAAAGGAAAAUUGAAACACCAGUCAAGCGACAUCCUCGACUUCAACACCAAAGAGGUCACCAACCUUAACCUCCUCAACGGACCACGCGACAAAAUGCUGGUGUCAGGUGACAACCGAGUCAACGUGCAACCUGGCCUCAUUGCUCUGCACACCCUGUGGUCACGUGAACACAACCGCAUCUGUGACGAGCUCCUACAGCAGCCUGGGAACGAGAACAUGGACGACGAGACAUUGUUCAACCACGCGCGGACUUUGGCCCGUGCAAAAUGGCAGAAGAUAGUCUGGAACGAGUUCUUGCCCACAGUUAUCGGGCGGGCGGAAUAUGAGAAGCUCGGGGAAUAUAAGGGCUACAACUCAUCUAUCGAGGUCGGCAUCUUUAACGAAUUUGGAACAGCGGCGUUCCGGUUUGGCCAUAGUCAAGUGGGUAAUAUCAUGCCACGAUUGGACGAGAACUGGACCAUGAUCGGUAACGGACAUUUGUCCUUGCGUGACGCAUACUUCAGCCCAGGCCGCGUGAUUCGUGAGGGAGGCAUAGAGCCGCUGAUCAGAGGUAUGAUGGUACAGAAGGCCCAGGAAGUUGAUCUGAAGUUUUCGGACUCAGUGCGUAACUUUCUGUUUGGAACUAACACGAUGGGACUCGACUUGGUUGCCAUUAACAUCCAAAGAGGCAGAGACCACGGUCUGCCGGAUUAUAACACCGUACGGGAAGGAGUAGGCUUGCCCAAACGCAAAUCAUUCGCUGAAAUAACUCCUGACAAGAUGAUGCAAGAGAAGCUCCAAAGCGUAUACUCGAGCGUUGAUGAUGUUGAUCUAUGGAUCGGCGGUCUAGCCGAGCCACAUGUUGAUGGGGGAUGUGUCGGGGAAACCUUCGCUCGCAUCAUCGCUCUUCAGUACCGUGUUUUGCGAGACGGAGAUCGGUUCUGGUACGAAAACACAGACACCGCCUUGUACCAGUUGAAGGACAGACUCAAUUUACCGACUAAAGGUACCACCAUGGUAGACGUGCUUUAUAGGAACACUGGAAUAAAGUGGAAGAAAUCUCCUUUCUUUGUUAGAGAUAUAAAGUAAUCAGCGAAAAUCCCAGAUGAAAGCUGAAACUGUUCAAAACCAUCGAACUGAGUUUAUCACGAGGACAGUCAAUGCUAAUGGCGUGGUGAUCACGUGUGUUGCACGAGCAAACGUGAUUCUUUUUAGGGACCUCAAAAACUAAGACCAAAUUGCGGACUAUUUUUGUCAUCGAUUACCACUCUAUCGCUUGAAACCUAGUGAAAACUACUUUAUCGGCAUCGGAAGCCGGAGCGAAAAAAAAACCAAAAUCACCUUUGCACUUUUUGAAGCCGAUUUAGUUCUUCUGCUUCUCCUUGCGACUUCGAGAACCUAGUUUCACUACAGCAUAAGCGACGGAGUCAUAAGCCACAUAGAAACGCUGUUUUCACAAGAUCAUAACCCUCUACGCUUCUAAUAACGAUAACGACUCCGAUUCAAUCGCCGGUGACGACCGGCGUAUUUCAUAAUAUCGGGAAACCGACGAUAAACAUUUAAAUCCAUAAGACGAAAUAACAAGCAAGCGCGAACAAAACAAGUAAUACAUCACUGUAGUAAACGUUAGUUUUCAUAGUUCUGCAAGAUAUGUAGCAACAGCACUUGGCAAAGAACUGAAAUUUUGCAAUCCAUACGAAAUCGAAGUUUCAUUCACAAUAUAGAUAGACAAGUUAGGUAAAUUUUAUAUUUGACAUUUAAGCCUUCGCUGGAAUUGUAAAAAAAAGGCGACGCACAGAGCAGAUUUCUAGACGAACUAAUUUAUUGAUUAAAAGGAUCGUCAGAUGCACUUUUCCUUUCCGUUGAUUUAAGGGCUAAGAACUUAACGCUCAGUUCUUAAAAAGGGCAGGAAAACCAAGCGUACUUCGGUUUUCAUUUUGCUCCUGAUUGGUUGAAAAUACAGGGCACCUGUUCUGAUUGGUUAGUGAAAGAGUCACGUGGCAGUGCUCAAGACAAAUGUCACCCGGUAAACGCACUGAUCAUGCAUCCUUUUCUAAGAAAACGGUCGAUGAAAGCAAGGCACAAGUUUACAUAUUUUGUUCUGGCAUACAAUAAUCAAAGGGGUUUUAUGUAAACGUUCUCACCAUUGAAUAAAAUUUAAAAAAAAAAUCUGGAAAGAUAACAACUCAAAAUUUUACUUCAGAAACGAAAAACUACAGUUUUCCUUCUUUCUCAAUGGGAGAAAAAGGGAGAAAACAUGUUUUCUACAUCCGUCGUCUUUUUUAAAGUUAUACUUUCAAAUAUUCUAUGUAAUUUGAACUGUAAAUAGUCGUAUAUUAUUUAUUAAUCACAUCUAUCAAAUCUUAACCGAAUAGUAGACUUAUAACUUUUCUUAGAGGAUCUUUACCCUACCUUUAGGACAGCAAUAUACUCCUUAUAAAAGUUGUCAUACUCAAGAGUAUCAAAAGCAUAUAAGUCGCUUAAGAUAUUGUAACACUAACCGAGAUUUCUUGGGAAAAGCAAGUUCUUCAAGAAACAAAGAGUUUGUUUUUUUUGUAACUUUAAAAAACAAGAAUUAAAACUUGAAUGAAAAAUAACUCGACUGAGGACUCCAGCCAUUUGUUUGUUUGUUUGUUUUUUUAAUAACAUUUAAUCAUUUCAACGUGG